AACCUUUAAGAUUUUUUAAAAAAUAUAUCAGUUGGCUCUCAUAAACUGGUAUAGGCCAGCUCCAGUUUACCACUGGCUAAUGUGUUUUCUCCCCAUAGGUAGGCUUGGGAAGCCAAAAAUUACUCAGAGUUUAAUGACAUCUGUAAACAGUACCUGUAAUGUCACACUGACAUGCUCUGUGGAGAAAGAAGAAAAAAAUGUGAUAUACAGUUGGAGUCCCCUGGGGGAAGAGGGCAGUGUCCUUCAAAUCUUCCAGACUCCUAAUAACCAAGAGCUGACUUACACAUGUACAGCAUGGAACCCUGUCAGCAACAAUUCUGACUCUAUCUCUGCCCAGCAGCUCUGUGCAGAUAUCGCAAUGGGCCUCCAUACUCACCAUGCUGGGUUGCUGAGUGGGUUGGCUGUCCUCUCUCUGUUUAUACUCAUUCUGCCUUCAGUGUUUCUGUUCCUUUUGUGCAAGAGGAGACAAGGUCCCUACUUGAAGAUCUUCAAUAAGAAACCUGAUGCUGUCUCAAAGAACACAAUAUACACAUAUGUCAUGGUUUCAAGAGAUGCCCAGCCAGCAGAAUCCAGAAUAUAUGAUGAAAUCCCUCCAUCCAAGAUGCUCCCCACCAAGGAGAUGCCAGUAAACACAAUUUAUUCCAUAGUGCAGUACUCUGAUAAGAAGUUGAUGGGUGGCUCAAGGGCUUCCAAAUGGGACAACUGAAGCAGAGGUGAAAGACAGGAAAGGGCAAGGACCUGCUACCCUAGAUUUCCCCAGCACUGGAAACCUGGAAAUCUUCAGCAGCAGCUUUCAGUUAACAUGUCCUCCAUCUCCCUCUUGAGCACAGAUGGGAAAAACCAGCGCUCAGGCCAGCAAACCUCCUGGGACUUCAAGCUAUGAAUUUAUGAUCUAGGCCACUAGACAACAUUCUCUCCAUGGAAACUGAACUACAACCAUAGAUAAUGGCAGAUGUGCUGGAUUCAGACUCUCUACCCAGAUUUCACAUGACGUUUGCAAGUCACCACAUCCCAACAUGUAAGCAAAACAGAAAACCCUCUGCUGCUGGGAAUAUCUUGUGCCUAGAUAGACAGAUGGACAUGUGCCCUUUCUGAAAUGGCUGCCUUCUGUAUGAAUGAUAAGACAAGUCCCCUGGUACAAUGAUUCCCAAUCUUCUUUAUAUCACAGCACAUAUAGAAAAUAUUUUUAUGGCACAAUGGAGUAACCUAUCAAGAAUGUUCAUGUCCAGAGGCUGCCUAUGGCUAGAGGCUUCUGGUGACUACGGUUGAUGACCUUUUCCAGCAACUCCAUACAUACAGUAUUUUGCACACUUGUAAUAUGCCAUGACACACCACCGAGGAUGCCCUGCUUACACUCAGUAUACUCUGGAGCAUGGCUUCUACCAGUCCAUACAGCACCUUGGGAAAAUUAGAAAAAGGCCUCUUUCCCUGAGGCAGACACAGCCCCUCACCCAAGUGCAUGGCUUGGUGAACAGAAUGUGGACUGCAAUUCAGCCUCCACUAGACCCUUUGUCCAGAAAUCUUUGUUCAUUGUACAACUGGCUGAGCCAAUGCAACCAUACAUGACUAUAUGGCAUCGGAAGCCAUCAGAAUUGUGUCUCUCAGCAAUUCAGACACACUAUCCAAAUUGUGUGUUGGAAAACCCUCGUUUUGUAGGAACUACACUGCUGGGGCAUUUUUCUCCAGGCUCUACUUCAAAAGCCUCAUAAGAUUUUCUUUCUGGCCAAGCUUUUCUUCUAUAUCACUCUGUGAUGGUUAAUUUUAUGUGUCAAUUUGACAGGGUCAUGGAGUGCACAGAUAUUUGGUUAAACAUUUCAAGUGUGCCUGUGAGGGUGUUUCUGGAUGAGAUUAACAUUUGAUAUUUGUAAAAUAAGUGAAGUAGAUUAAUCCUCUUCCUCCUGGGUGGGCAUCACUGAAACCCACCAAAAGCUUGAACAGAACAAAAAGAUGGAGUAAGGGAGAUUUUAUUCUUUCUAUCUAUCUAUCUAUCUAUCUAUCUAUCUAUCUAUCUAUCAUCUAUCUAUCUCUAUCUCUAAUCUCUAUCAUCUCUAUCUCUGUAUCUCUCCCUCCCUCCCUCUGACUGUCUUUGAGCUGGGACAUUAGUCUUCUCCUGCCUUCAGACUUGGACUUGGGCUGGAACUUACACUAUCAACUUCCCUGAUUCUCAGGCCAUUGGACUCUGAAUGGAACUGCAUAUCAUCACCUCUCCAGCUUGCUGACUACAGAUAUUGGGACUUUUCAAUCUUCAUAACUACAUGAGGCAAUUCCCUACUAUAUCUAUUUCCCAUUAGUUCUGUUUCUGUGCAGAACCAAACUAAUACACAAUGCAAGCAGCCACAGCAACAAAAAGAAGCCAUACCCAGUAUUUCAUUCCCCAAAAAGAAUCGACAAACUAUAUUUCUGGCACUUUAGGGGAAGUGUAACUCAACCAUCAAGAGACCUUGAAAGAAGCAAAGUCAUUCUCUAGAGGGAACUUGAGAGAUAAUGUUGCAGAUUACAAAAUUGGGUUCACCCCAGUUACCAAGGCUCUGCCCAGAGAGUCAUGGAGUUCAAGAUGAGGUGAAGUGUUCCUCCUCCUUCCCUGCCAUAACUGAGAGGAACAUUCAAGAGAGCAGUUAAAAAAUUUCUUCCCUUAUAUGUUAACACACAUAAGCAGUCAAAUCCUAAAUGCCUACAAGCAACCCCAGGAGGGGCAGCAGAAAUAAACUACAUUUAGGCAGAAUGAAGGUUUUAGCCCUAGUGAAUGGGCCAGUAGAACCAUCUAUCCCUGACUACCUUUAGCACUGUGUUGGGACUGCAAGGCCCCCAAAGUAUGAGAUGAGCAUAAUGGCUGCCCUGGGCUUGCUGAGAAACCAAUCCAGCACAGACACUGCAGUUAAAUCGUGAACCACAUGCUACCAGGAAUGGAACAAGCUAGCACAGUCAGAAAAGACCAUAUGGAGCAGAUGGGCUAAAACUGGUCUUUGCAUGAUGGAUGGGACUCAGCAGAGGAUGAAGAAGACAGAAGGCAUUCACAUGAAGAAAGCAUAAACAACUAAAAAAGAAAAACAGAGCCCUGGAUCUGCAUGGUGAAUUUUUGGGCACCUCCCCAGAUACACCAUGCUUGUUUGCAUUCCCUUGCCUAUAUGUGGCAUAGCCUUGGCUAGAAUGUGUGCCCCACUCCUAAUCUAUGUACACAUCUUUUAAUGCCCAACUCAAAUGCCACCUCCUCUAUGAAGUUUUUCCUGGUAUCAUUAGUCAAAUUAACUAUGGCUCUUUUUGAACUCCUUCGCCUCUCUUUUGGUCCUUCGGUCACUAUAACUCAUUCCUUUCUGCCUUACAGUAUAUACAAUUACUUGUUUCCCUCUACAAUUUGUAUUACUUAAGGACAAGAUCCACAACUUCAUGAUCAUCAAGAGGUGAAAAUAAAAUGUGACAAUUUUAUUUACCUCUACAUCCACAAAGCAACAUAGUGCUUUGUAUGCUGCUUGUGAGCAAUAAAUACUGUUGAAGAGGAGGUAUAUAUUGGAAGUAUUGAUAGAGAAAAGCCAAUAAGUACAGUAUAAUCAAAUUAUGGCAAAUAUUAAAUUUCAGGAUGCAGAUGACAGAGACUAUUCCCACUGUAAGGGCAUUUUGGAGGGAGAAGGCUUUCAGAGUUAG